UAAGUGUUGAAAUAAACGAACAAUUUCACGGUAGUAUGGUUUAGCAUGUCGUGGUGGGUGAUUUUGAGUACACGGUGCGAGUCUAGCAACCAGUUGUUGUAUGUUCGAGUUCCGUGUCGAAGCUUGAAGAAUUCUUGGUGUCAGUAGGAAAUAUAAGGUCAAGCUUAUUCUAUGGUUUAGCUUGAUUAACUAAUAAUAUCGUUAGUGUGGAAUUUCAGUAUCAUUUUGAUUUAAAAUGCACAUUUCACCUUUGCCAAAGUUUUCGUCAUGACAAACCAUUUGUUUUGCAUGGAUGGAGACCCCAAUCAAGACUGAUUUUUAAAAAUGGUGGAUGUAUUUUUGCAUGCUCUAUCUCGAAAUCGUGGUAACUCGGGAACUGAAAAUUGUAUAAAAAUGGUGUCCAAGAAGGGGUUUGGAAAUCGAUCGGGCACUCUGGAAAAAAGUUAAAUAAUCAUGAAUCAAGAUUUAGAAAGAUAACCAAAAAACUAAAAUUAAAGAAGCGUCUAAUUAAAAAAAAAUAUUUUAAACUUUAACUUAAACUCCCCAUUCGAUGUUUAUUGGUUUAGUGUGAAUUGAAAAAUGAAAAGUAGAAAAAUACAGCUAGAACGUUUUUUACACACAUUUGCAAAACUUUCAGUUUUUGAUGAAAAAUAAUCAUAUAAGCACUAACACAUGGAUCAAUAUGUCCCGAGACUAAAGUAGAGAUGGCGCUCGUAGUAAACCAGUAACCACGUCUUUCUAGAGUACUAACCUUUGCUUGAAACGGGUCAAAAUUUUAAGUCGAUCCGACCAGAAACAGCUGAGUUAUCGAUGUUGGAGUAAAGUCGUUUUGUAGUUUGUUUAAAAAAUGAAAAAAAAAAAAACGAUUUUCGUGUUUUGAUAAAGCAUUGUUUUUUAAUGGGUAAAAACACCGUGCAAGCGAAACAAUGGAUUGAAAAAUGUUAUCCGGACUCUUCUCCAUCAAAAGCAACGAUUUGUCGGUGGUUCGCCGAGUUUAAACGUGGUCGUACCGACACAAAUGAUGCGGAACGCCGUUACACCGGAAAAUGUGAGUGAAGUGACAAAAAUUAUAAUGAAAGAUCGUAAAGUGAAGCUCCGUGAGAUUGCUGAGAUGACACAGAUAUCAUAUGGAAGUGUAUUUACUAUCCUUCAUGAAAAAUUGAGCAUGAAAAAGGUUUUUUCCAAGUGGGUGCCGCGAUUGCUUUCGAUGGAACAAAAACAGCAAUGAAAACAAUGGCGAAAUUGAACGAAUUGGGCUUUAAUCUGCUUCCCCACCCCCCAAUACUCGCCAGAUUUAGCCCCCAGUGACUACUGGCUCUUUGCUGAUCUUAAAAAAAUGCUCCAGGGAAAAAGAUUUGGCUCAAAUGAGGAGGUCAUCGCUGAAACUGAAGCUUAUUUUGAAGCAAAAGAUAAUUUUUUUUAUAAACAUGGUAUUGAAAAUUUGGAAAAACGUUGGAACCAUUGUAUCACCCUAAAAGGUGAUUAUGUUGAUGAAUAAAAAAAAAAUUUACAAAAAAAUGUUGUUUCCAUUGUUAGUCUCGGGACUUAUUGAUCCAUGUGUUAUAAUAUGAUUCUACAGAUUAAAUCAAAUAAAUUUUAUAUUUAAAUGACCUUUCUCCUAGUAGUAGUCAUGGAAGUCAAAGAACCCGUGUUUAUGCUGAGUUUAAGAGCAAUUAAUAACGAACAAUGUAUAAAUUUACGUUUUCCAAGUCAGUAUCAUGGUUCUCCAGCGAUGUGAAAUUGUCGCAAUGUCAAUUUCAUUGCUUUCUUUCCAUUAGAGAUCCUUUAACAGGCGUCAUUAAGGUACUUACGUAAAUUUGAACUAAACGCGAAAUGUAUAGAAAUGGUUGGUUCUUUUUAAGCGAAACGUUCUUCCAUACCAGAGGAACUAGGCUACGUUACCCACUUGAACACUAUAAUCAGAGCUAUUUUUGAGUUUAUUUGCAUAGAAAUAUCAAAAGCAUUAUUUGAAAAAUUCAAAAUGCUCAGGGUACCGGAUUCUUCAAUAUUGUUAAUCCUGUAUCAAGCAUACUUCUCCACAUAACCCGGUCCAUGGCUGCUCGUCGCCAGCCACUCAAAGCACGGAUGCUUCUGAGAUCACCCUCCACUUGAUCGAUCCACCUUGCUCGCUGCGCUUCUCUUCUUCUUGUACCAGUCGGAUUAGAUUCAGGAACCAUUUUCACUGGGCUGUCGUCCGACAUCCUUAUGACAUGCCCAGCCCAUCGUAAACGUUCGAUUUUAGCUGUCCGUACGAUGGGUGGUUCUCCUAGUAGCUGUUGCAAUUUGUGAUUCAUACGCCGUCUCCACGUUCCGUCUUCCAUCUGCACUCCGCCAUAGAUGGUCCUCAGUACCUUUCUUUCGAAAACACUGAGGGCGCGUUGGUCCUCUGCCAGCAUAGUUCAGGUCUCGUGGCCAUAGAGAACAACCGGUCUAAUGAGCGUUUUGUAGAUGGUCAGUUUCGUGCGGUUGCGUACUUUUCUCGAUCGGAAGGUUUUUCUGAGUCCAAAGUACGCACGAUUCCCUGCCAAAAUACGUCUAUGAAUUUCUUUGCUGGUGUCAUUAUUGGCGGUCACCAGUGAGCCCGAAUACACGAACUCGCCAACCACCUCGAUAUCGUCACCGUCUAUCAAUAUUCGUGGUGGGAGGCGUGGUGUUUCUUCUCUAGAGCCUCUUCCUCUCAUAUAUUUUAUUUUUGACGCAUUUAUGGCCAGUCCGAUACGCCUAGCUUCAGCUUUCAGUCCGAUGUAGGUUUCCGUCAUCUUCUCAAGGUUACGUGUCACAAUAUCAAUAUCGUCAGUGAAGCCAAAAAGUUGUACGGACUUUCGGAAGAUCGUGCCACUCGUGUCGAUCCUCGCUCUUCGAAUCUCACCUUCCAAGGCAAUGUUGAACAAGAUACAAGAAAGUCCAUCACCUUGGCAUAGCCCUCUCCGAGAUUCGAAGGGACUCGAGAGCGUCCCAGAUACUCGGACGUAGCACAUCACUCUAUCCAUCGUUGCUUUGACCAAUCGCGUCAGUUUCUCCGGGAAACCGUAUUCGUGCAUUAUCUGCCAUACACUCAGAAAAAUCCUCACUUCAAUGCUACGUGAAAACGUAUGUGAUUUUUAUCCAUAGAACUUUUCUUGUAAUACUUAUGUGAAGUAUAGAUAGCACAGAAUGAACUCAUGAACUCUUAGUCCACAUUUGUAUCACGUAAUAUCUACGUCACUUUUUUCGUAAAUUCUAUAGAAUACUUUUGUGAAAUGUAUACAAAGUUCAUUUAAAUUUAAGUUUAAUUUAAAUUUAAGCUAAUUUCACAAAUUUAGGCUCAGUUACACUAAUGGACAAUAACUCUACGAUCUUAGUUUCCGUUGAAAUAGCACGUGGUGUUCUUACGAGAUGGCGUAUUAUAGGGUAGAGUGUUUGGUUGUCGGCACCCCACCAUAACUUUUGAUAGAAAGUAGAUAGCGUCAUUCCGACAAAUGUCAUAUUUGUGUAAUAGCAGCCCCUUUUGUGUGUUUCCCGUGAACCUUCCACUCAUAAUACACCAUAUCCAGCUGGUUCCACCGACUUUAUCGUCAAUCUUCAAUUCGAUGGAAAAACUCUUAUUCUUUUAAAUCGUCGAAGCUGUUGUACGCACGUAAAUUAACGGAGCUCGAUGUCCCUUGGUUUCAAUUCAUACGGCACUAAAUUGUAUACCUUUCAGAUCAUUCCCAUUGCUUUUAAUUGUUGGCAAAUGACUGGCUUAGUAACUUUUAGUGAUUUUGCAAGUUCUUCUUGUGUUUGUAACUGUUCUUGAUCGAACAAUUUACCAAAUAAAAAUUGCCUUUCCUAAACCGUGCGAACCUCGCCCGACAAGAUCGUUCAGUUUGAUUUUGCUCACCAUAUGUUUCCACCACUACGAUGGCACGAUUGUCAUCUGCAUACAAUUGGCUUGAAGCCGAAAAUUUUGGUUCUUUGGUUCUAGUUCUCUGUCAAAUGCUGUGUUUAAGCAGUGUUCACACGUUCACAUUUUUCUACAUGCGGUUGCACCAACAUAAGGAAACGAUUUCGAUGGAAUAUAAUCAAACUAUAAUAAACCACAAUUUCUCUUUCUUAUUCAAAAAAAGGUCAAAGUACUUGUUUUAUAGAGAAUACUAGACUAGAGUUCUAUUUAUAUUGGGUUUGAAGAAAUUAAUAUUUGACACCAGUGUGGUUUUGAUUGUAUGGUAACAUAUUAUUGACAACAACGCCACCAGAACAAAAUGCGUCGGUUUCAGGAACCAGCUUCCAUAGCAGGGGGGUGGUUUCCACCAAAAUACGAUGACUUUCGAUGGCUGUUUCCUUCAUAUUCAAAUAACUUCCAUUACUCCCAUUGGUGGUCAUUUCUCGGCUAACACCAUUCAAAAUAAAUUUAUUAAAAACAAUUUAGCCCUUUUCAAAAGGCAGUCUAGAUCAAUUUCAACCCAAAUUUUCAAAUUUCAAUACAUAUUGCGCUGGACUUACAAGCAGUGAUACACCAGUGCGUAAGUUUCAUUUUUACACUGCGGAUACAUUUGGUGUGAUCCACACAAAGAGGAAAGCGCACUUCUUCUCAGUGUUCAAGAGACAGACUUUGAGUGUGAGUUUGAGUUUAAGGAAGCUUGUGCGAGAAAACCACAUUCUCUUCGCAUGAAUCGCUUUCACGUGCUCACGCCUAAAUACACCCAAGUGAUCACUGACGCGUUAUGUUGAGCGAACACUUAUGUAAACUUCAUUUAAUAGAGAGUAGAUCUAACCUUGCUAUAAAAAACGAAAAUUCAACGAUAAAUUGUUUUAUUUUGCUCCACGCUUCUUCUAUGCAAACCAUACACCAGAGUGCUCACCGGCGUGUACACCUCUGUGAAACUAUCUGCAUCCACUUGUUGCGUUUGUGUAUAGUGGACCAUAAUAUAAGCUAUAAUCAGUAAAAUAAGUAAACGGUUUUAAUAGAAAAUAAGUAUAAAAUGAAUUAGCGUGUAACAGCACCGGGAAACCCCUCACUCGAUAAGCAAGAAAACAACACUAUCUUGAAUGUGACAACAGUCAUUGCAUCUUCCGGAAAAACCCGUAAAGGGAAGCAAUCGAGAAGUCCAGUGGUGUCGCGGCAAAGUGCGAACAGUUUACAAAAAAAAAACUAGAUUGACGAAGUUGAUUUUAGCGGCCGUCACCACACGGUAAGAAGGUAAUCAGUGCAGCGAUGAGUGGUUCACAAAUCCACGUAAGAUUCUGCACUUGCAACACGAGUUACGGAACGCUAAGCCAAUAGAAGAUCAGUUGCAAUCUCACAUCGAUCAUCGUCGACAAACCCCCGGCUAGAAAGCAAACGUGACUUUCAUUCUCAGAACGGAAGCAACUCGUCGAAGCGCGAACGGAAAAAUCCCUCAAUAGAGGGCUCUUGUUCGGACCGCUUUUUCGGAUCUCUCUCGGAUUCAUCGCACCGGGACUAGGCCGCACUGUCAAACACUGACCGACGGGUUGAACGUCAAUCAAUAUUGCGACGUUAAGUUCAGUUACGACCAUUGCGGAAGUUUGUACAUCGGACUCGGUCAAGUAAGGUAGUAUUGAGCGGGGUAAGGAGCUGGAGAUUUGACACGCAGGAGGAUGAGGAAUAAGAGUCGAAAUGUGGUGCACGAAAUAAGAUCAGUGAAGAAGUGAAGGGCCUAGGAAGUAGAAAAAUUUGUACAGAUAGGAAGAGUAGAGAAAGAAUGAGUGGAGCUGGCCAGUAUGAAGAAAGAAAGUAGGAAUGUGGAGAAAAGAGGAAGAAAGCACUGUCUUGUGAGGUUAUGGUGACGGAAUACAAAUGCAUGAUAUGACACAACGACUUUGUUUGAUUUGAUUGAGCAAGCCGGGAGUAACAAUGGCGCCCAACAAAACGAACCAUUUUAAUCUGUGGUUUAUGCAUAUUUAAUAGUUAGUGUUUAUUUUGGAUUUCAAAGAAAAUAGAGUUUUGUCACGGUCCAAGAGUAUUGCAUUAAGUUGCUGAUUUUGCAACUCAAUUGCUUUUGUUUAGUUGGCUAAUCAUAGACCUUAAGGAUCAUGGAUCCAUCAAGCCUGACAGAAGAAGAGAUUUGGUAUGAAUUGGCGUUGCGCCACGUGAAUAAUCUCGGCGUACUUCCUCGCAGAGCAAGAUCCGUUCGCUUACGGGCGCUCAUGCAAGAGGAUGAAAUUAAAGGAACCAUUUAUAAUAGUUCCGCUCAUGUGAUGGACGCGGCAGAUAAUAUCAGUCAAUGUCAAAUUCGGGUUCGCGAAUUGAUGCCAGAAAUGCAAAGUGCGUUAAAACGCGGCGAUCUUCCGAGUGUUCGGAUAAUACUAUCCCGUUUGACACAUUACCGUGAAAGACUAGCCAUCGUGGAACCACCGGAAAAUCUGAAAGAGACACACGCAACUCUAUCGUUAUUAGUGCAGUUUUCGUUAGAAGAUAUAGACGAUGUUUUGGGUAAUUCCCAGAAAAAUGGUGAACAAGCUGUGAACAGUGAUGGUGCGAGAAAAGAUAAUACGGGUGCCAUUCCAAAAGACACUCGUCGAAUGUCCACGUCUGCAGAAGCCAACCUUCGGGGAUUCGAUGUCAACGGAGACCCUAUAAACCAAUCGGUAACUGCGAACCUAGUGCCACAAGUAGCUCAGCAGCAAUCCAGGGACAUGAGCAGCUUGGCAGAUGCAUCAGCUACAGUUACACCUCGGAGUAACUCAACACGAUAUGAAAACGAGACGGGAAUAAAGUCAUUCCAAACCCAGCGCUCGUAUCGUGGAAGAGGAGCGAACAUUUUGGGUCCUAACCCGUCACAGAACAACGGGUAUAAUGGACAUGGAGAAUCGAGCAUGCGGGACCCCACAUUCAGCAGCAUGCCACCACCACCUUACGUACACCCAAGAGUACAGGAAGGCGAUGCAAGAGAACGAAAUCACCUAAUACGUGACGAGUUAAUUAGACGUUUGAAUUAUCAACAGCAUGAAAAUACACAGGGGCCCUUACUGGAGGAAAGAAGAACGCUGAAGGCAAUCCAUAACUGGCCAUUCAGGUACAAAGGGGAGAAGGAUGGAUCGUCGCUUAACACAUUUUUGCAACGAGUCGAGACUUUUGCUGCAUCAGAGGAAAUCGGCAAUGACAUACUGUUAAGAAACGUCAAGCAUUUAUUAAUGGAUGACGCCUUGAAUUGGUACAGCAACCUCUACCCGACUGGGCAACUAGCAACAUGGGAAGAUUUCAAGCGCCUGAUCCGACACGAGUUUCUACCGACCAACUACGCAUACAUUCUGAGAGCAGAGGCAUACCACCGGUUGCAGGGUGAAAAUGAAUCUUUCAACAAGUUCUAUCAAGAUAUAUCCAUUCUUUCUCAAUAUGUUGACCCUCCAAUGAGCAAUUUAGAAAAACUAUUCAUUAUAAAGAAGAAUAUGAAUACAACGUACGCGCCAAUUGCUGCAUCGCAACACUCCAUAUACUCACUGGUUCAGGCAUGUAAAGAACUCGACGAACUCAAAAAACUGCAACAGCAGCAACGACAUUUCUCCUUUCCACAAGAAGCAUUGAUAGAACCUUCUCUAGGUACACCAGGCUACACAAAACAGCGGCAACCACUGCAGCGUUUUGGUAGAGUGCAUGCAUUAGAGGCAGAACAUAUGCAAAACCAGAUAGAAUACAUUUCACAAUCAUCCCAGGGUGCAUAUGGAGAGCAACCAAUACCUGAAGAAGACAAACUGAAUCAGAGGAUGGAUACAAUACUACAGCAAGUCAACGCGCUGAGGCUGAGAUUUGACCGUCGAGAAGCAUCAGAAAAGCCGUCAUUAAAUCUACAGUCACAACAAACCACAUCUGAGAACCAACAUAACACGCGGAAACCAUCGAUUGUAGCACCACCGACAAGAUUGAUUUGCUGGAAUUGUGAUGCAGAGGGUCACCGAUUUAUGGAUUGCGACAAACCUCAAGCAAUACUGUUCUGCUACCGCUGUGGACAAAAAGGUUAUUCACUUCGAAACUGCCCGACUUGUCUUCAACGGCCGGAAAACUUACUGGCGGGGAACAAAUAAGAGAGGGUAUAGAAUCCUCGCAGUAUUUUCAUGAUCCCUCUACGAUAAUAGAUUUAAUACAAAUUAGUUCCUUGAUCAUAAACCCCAAAAAUGACAAUAGACCUCACGCACUAGUGCAGGUGCUCGGCAAACACAUAACCGGAUUGCUCGAUAGUGGAGCUAACUGUUCCAUUCUUGGUGGAGACAACGUGAAAAUAGUGCAAGAGCUGGGACUGCAGAAGGUCGCACUUGCGGGAAGCAUUAAAACAGUGGAUGGUACGGAGCACGGAAUUCAAUCUGUGGUACGUUUACCAAUAGCGUAUAACAAG